UGCUCAAACCCUCUCCCCUCCACAUAAAAAACUCACACACACUUUUGAGUUAUGUAUGUAGAGCUAAAAUAUUGUAUGACCCUCCACAUACUACUUCCAAAAUCAAGCCUAAUGGAUAGAAUUUCCCAUCUCUGCUUCCUUAUUACAUCACUCUUUAUUCUUCAAUGGCUGAUUGAUUAUAGCUCGGCCAACUCAGAUAUCAACACUGAUCGUUCUUCCCUUAUUGCCUUCAAAUCUCGAAUAUCUUUUGAUCACGGUAAUAUAUUAUCCAAAAAUUGGAGCAGUGAGAGCAGUAUCUGUAGUUGGAUCGGAGUUACAUGUGAUUCUCGCCAACACAGGGAGACUCAGUUGAAUAUAUCGUCCAUGGGUCUUGUAGGAACCAUUCCACCUGAAAUCGGAAAUCUUUCUUUCAUCGUUUCUUUAGAUGUGAGCGAGAACUCUUUUCAUGGUCCUAUUCCGCUAUCUAUGUUCAACUUGUCAUUUUUAGAAGUUUUGAAUUUGAGGAAUAACAGUUUGUCUAGUAGCCUACCAUUCGAUAUAUGCAAAUACAAUCUGCAUAGACUGCAGAUGCUUCGUAUUUCUUUCAACGAGUUGUAUGGGGAAAUACCAUCGAGUUUGGGGCGAUGUUCAAAGCUUGAGUAUAUUUCUUUGUACAACAACAGUUUUAGAGGACAUGUGCCAACACAAAUUGGAAACUUGACAUUGCUUCAAGAACUACACUUGGGUGCUAACAAUUUCAGUGGUAAUAUUCCAAAAGAGAUAACUCAUCUUACUAACUUACGACUCUUGAGCAUUAAUUCCAACAAGUUGUCAGGAUCAUUGCCAAAAGAAAUUGGGAACAUGACAUCCCUUACCAACUUAGAGCUCAAGAACAAUGAAUUAAGUGGAACAUUGCCAAAGGAAAUUGGGAACAUGACAUCCCUUACCAUGUUAUUGCUUAACAACAAUGACUUAAGUGGUCAUAUUCCAAGAGGAAUUUUUCUACUCAAUAAUUUAUUUAAAUUGCAAUUGGCUAACAACCAACUUGGUGGAUCAUUGCCGACAGAAAUUGGUAACACAACCAUCUCAGAUGUGAUUCUUAACUACAAUAACUUAAGCGGUCACAUACCAUCCACCUUUGAGAAUCAAUCAAGGCUGCUUAAUUUAGCACUACGGUCCAACAACUUUAGUGGAGAGAUUCCACCAUCCAUUUGCAACUUGAAAUCCCUCCAAGUCCUCUAUUUAUCAUACAAUUCUUUGGAAGGAGCAAUUCCAUAUUGUCUGGCAAACUUGGGCUCAUCUGCGCUUAUCCUCCUCUAUUUGAAUGCAAAUAAACUUAGUGGCAUCAUACCAUCAACUUUCCCAAAGCAUUGCAUUCUUAAGUUGAUCAAUCUAAAUGGAAACAAAUUGAAAGGAACACUUCUCCAAACCUUGGGCAAUUGCCAAAAUUUGCUUAUGGUGGACAUUGGUGAUAAUGAAAUACAAGGUGCGUUUCCCUUUUGGAUGGAAACACUCCCUAAACUUCGCGUCCUCGUUUUGAGGUCAAAUAAGUUCAAUGGUACAAUGUUGGUGUCUUCAAAAAUCGAGCAGCCUUUCCCAAAGUUGCAAGUACUUGAUGUGUCAUAUAAUGCAUUUGUUGGCUCUCUACCUGAUAGAUAUUUCAACAACUUUCGAGGUAUGGUAGAUGCCACGGAAAACCAAACUAAUGAUGGAUCAAAAUACCUUAGUGUACCAAACCUUAGCGGUUUCGUUGAAUUGAUGCUCACAUUGAAAGGAUUAGAUCAGCCAUUGCUGCAACUCCUGACAACCUUUACAACUAUCGACUUAUCCUCCAAUAGAUUCUCUGGGCGCAUUCCACCUUCUCUAGGGAUUCUUAACUCUCUUAGAUACUUGAAUUUGUCUCACAAUACCAUUGAAGGUCAUAUACCGCCAUCUCUUGGAGGUAUGAGUCUCCUCGAGUCGUUGGACUUGUCUUCAAACAAACUGGAUGGAGAAAUUCCAAGUGGAUUGGCAAGGUUGACAUUUCUUUCGAAAUUAAACCUUUCGAUGAAUAAUCUCGAGGGACGAAUACCACUGUCUACUCAGCUUUCCACAUUUGGUAACGAAUCAUAUGAGGGAAAUGUAGGAUUGUGUGGAUUUCCAUUGACGAGAAAAUGUGAGGGGGGUGAUGGAAAACCAUCACCGCCUCAUGUGGAAGUGGAAUCGGAUAGGGAGAUCGAGCGGGGUUAUGUGUUUGCUGCUGCUGGUUAUGCUUUGAGCUUAGGAAUCUUUUCAUGGCUGCUUUUGUUCUGCCGAUGUUUCAGGUAUAAAUACUUUGAGAAAGUUGAUGAUGUUUUUGAGAAGAUCUUUGAGUGUUGCCAGCGCUGGAAAAAAAAGAGAUUGACGAAAGAAAGUUGUGAGGAAUAGACAGCAGUGAGGAUAAUUAAGGAUACUUCGAAGAAUAUGUAUGUGAGAACUCGUUAUCACUAACUAGUGAAUCUGUCCCACUCCGGCUCCGAAGCGAACAAAGACCAAACAACCUCUUCUUUCUAAAUUGAGCCUCGAGAAUAGCUUUCAUCUCAGGAGCCGAACCCGUCUUCGAGCACCUGUAGACCUUCCGCAGAGAACUAUUAUGAGAGAAAGAUGACAUCAUCUCCCAAUAUAGAACUUCACUUUCAUCCCUACCAUAUGAUAUUGAUCACGAAAGAAAAGCUUCAUCUUUUCUCAUUGAGCUUGAGACAGGCAGUGCUGCUGACUAGACAUGACGCGGCGGAUACCGGCGCGGUGGUGUCCACUCUAAUACUCCCUCCGUCCCACUCAAGAUGGCCACAUUCUUGAGUGGCACGAGAUUUUAGGAAGUGUUAUUAGAUGGAAUUAAGUAGAGACAAAAAAAGCAGUUAAAUAUUUUAAUGAGGAGAGAGGAGAGAAAAUGUUAUUUCCAAAA